AUGGAACAAGGUGAUGGGGGAUUCUUCACAUGGGGUGACUCAUGGGGAUCAAGCACCCCUCUUCAAGCUCCGGUACCUUACUCUGCAAACUUUGCUAAAACCAGCACAUCCACUCCACAAGAAAGUCAAGCCAUGUUUUCCAUUCCAAAAUCAACAAAUUCACAGCAGCAACAACAACAACAUUAUUUCACAGACUCCCAUUACCCUCCCUUUAUGGAGGAUUCUCCAACAGGGGGAGCUGUGCAUCAUUGGCAGCAUCAACCCCAUCCCCAUGUGACUGCUGAGGCGGGGGAACAUUAUGAAGCAGAUGAGCUGUAUGGCUUGCCAAGUGCUGUAGCACAAAGGGAGGUGGGUCACUGGGAGCAUGGUCAAAUGCAUCUCCAAGGUUACAGCACUGUUAAGGGUACUUCAGCAGAGCGGCAUCUUCACGGCAAUCCUGUUAUUGGCCAGAGAGAGGAGGCGGAAGGUGGCAAUGAGCAAAACCACGGUACAGCCGGGGAUGGGAAUGGCCACUGGUACCAGCAUCAUAUGCCUAAUGGAUAUUAUUUAAAUGGCUACGACUCGUUACAGCAACAACAACAACAACAGCAUGAAAAUGAUGUUUACACGGCUGAAGCUUCGGGUGUGGAUGAAAUACAGCCACAACAACAACAACAUGGUUAUUAUGGAGAAACGGUCAAUUCGGGUGAAGAGUUUCCUCAAAUCCUUCAUGGCUACAUUCCGUCCCAUGAACAGCAAAAUUAUCUUUAUUCUCAUGAGGUGCAUGACCAGCAAGCAUACAUUCCAUCUCAUGAUAACAUUGUUGAACCCUAUCCUCAACCUCAGUCUCAUGAUGCUCAUGAGCACCAGAGUUACGUACCGUCACACCCUUACUAG